AUGGCUCCCAGGCGUUUUCUCAAGUACAUCUUUGUUGGCGCGGUCUUUUUGUUUGGAAUUAUUCUAUUUUCUGCUUCUUCUCGUCCGGUUGCCGAUAGUGUCAAGGAUCCAAUUGGUUAUGCCGAAAGUCUUCGAGGCACGAUUCCCAAUUUUCGAUUUUCCUUCCAUAAAUCGGCACAUAAGCCUCCGGAGCAGAGAAACAGCACGCAUGGCGACAGCUCCUGGUAUAGUGAUUGGAAAUGGCUCAAUCCCUUUUCCUCCUCCAUUACCCUCGACGAAGACCGCAUAGUCCUCCCUCUGCAACUCGAACGAACCCCAGUCUACACAUUUUACGAUAUGACAAUCAAAAGAGACGAGGAAACAAAGAAAAUUGAUCAGGAACUAUUGUUGAUCUGGCGUCGGGCCUGGUGGGCUCACGGAUUCCGACCCGUCGUGUUGACUGAGGCCGAAUCAAUGAACCAUCCUCUUUACCAGACUCUUCACUCCAAAGGGAUGCAAACAACUCUGGAGCAAGAGUUCAGGCAAUGGCUGGCUUGGGCUCACAUGGGCACAGGCUUACUUGCUCGCCCAUACUGCCUUCCCAUGAGCUCCUACGACGAUGCACUUUUGUCUCACCUGCGUCGUGGACAAUUUGCUCAGCUUACCAAGUUUGAAGGUCUAGGUUCUGGAUUAUUCGCUGGAGAACAAAUACAAAUCAAUGACGCCAUCAAAUCUGCACUUGACAAUGUGAAGUUAAGCUCUUUCAAGACUAUUACGGAUGCAAUCAGUUCGGACCAUUUCAAGAUUGAACAGUCAACCUCGAUUGCACAUUACGAUAUCGAGACGAUCACCUCUAAAUAUAGAGCCCUAGGGGAACAACUGUUGAAAGAUGUAAAUAAAGGCCGCCGUUCUCUCAAUCAGCUCAUUGUCGCCCACCUUCAUACUAUCUGGCAAAACACCUUCAGUAGUGGAAUUGCCGUCCUACAACCAUUACCAGCUCACACAUUCACACUGGUCAAGCCCUCACAGGACCUUGCUCAUCUCCUUACCGAAUGCCCAAAUUCCAUCUUGCAGUCAUCCUGCCCGCCGAAUCGACCGAAAUGCAGCCCAUGCGUGGGCUCCAAAAUGAGGAUCACCACCGCCCCUGCUUUCAGAAAUACCUCCAGCCUGUUCACAAUUGCAACCGUACCCCACCCUUACACGAUGAUUACUUUGACCAAUCAGUCCGAGAGCAUUUCUGUUGCGCAUAUCAGACGCUAUACAAAUCGUGAUCCUUGGAUUACUGCUGUAACGAGAGACAUUCUUGGAAAUGCCCGGGGUGGACCAAGCCGAGUGGUGAGUUUGAAGGACGCCGUGGCUUCAGAAUAUGGUCGUAGCCGGUCUUUGUGGUUUACAACCGAGCACUUUCCAGCUUCGUUCUGGCCACCUCCACCCCCUCCCAAAUCACCGACCAAUGAUGCUCACCCAACCCCGGAAAAGAUAGCACCUUUUCCAGAGGAUUGGCUUGAGCAUGUGGAUUGGUAUCUAGGCUUUCCAGUUCCACGCACUUCAAUCUCCCACGGUGAGUCUCUUCCUCCAGUUCCAGGUCCCGAACGAUGGAAACCUCUUGCUGGUCUACCAGCCGAAAAGAAGAAGAGCUCAGACGCCAAUCCUCCAUCUGAUGAACAAGCCGCUAUUGAGGUGAACCUUCUGCGUAGAGCAAGAGAUAACAUCCAUAGCAAGGACCAGCCACUUCUGAAGAUUCGUGGUGUGGCUGAAGCAUGGAAUUUGGCCGAUACUGAAGCUUGGAAAUUUGUCAAAAGUUACCGAGCCCGUGAGAUAGUCGAAAGGCUCAAGUUUGAAGAAGAAGAAUCUGCUUUCGCAGCCGGUGGUGGAGCCCGAGGCAAUGCUCGAUGGUGGGGAUCGUGA